CUGACGUGGAGGGUUAAGUAACAUUCUAUCUAUCUUCCACUUCCUCCCUCCUCACAAUCUGCUGCUUCCUUCACGCUAGGUUUGACAUUACAUUUGUACAGGUCUUUCCUCUGGUCACCUGAGAGCAUUAAGUCUGCCUGACUUCUCCUGCCCCAGGAGCCAUCCUCCUCCGUGAGGCCUGAGAAAUGCAGGCCAUCAAGUGUGUGGUGGUGGGAGAUGGAGCCGUGGGUAAAACCUGUCUCCUCAUCAGCUACACCACCAAUGCCUUCCCAGGCGAAUACAUCCCCACUGUGUUCGAUAACUAUUCUGCCAACGUGAUGGUUGACAGCAAGCCUGUAAACCUGGGGCUGUGGGAUACAGCUGGGCAGGAGGAUUAUGACCGAUUGAGGCCCCUCUCCUAUCCUCAAACGGAUGUCUUCCUGAUCUGCUUCUCUCUGGUCAGCCCAGCCUCUUAUGAAAACGUCCGUGCCAAGUGGUUCCCUGAGGUGCGACACCACUGCCCCAGCACCCCCAUCAUCCUCGUGGGCACCAAGCUGGAUCUCCGUGAUGAUAAGGAGACGAUUGAGAAGCUGAAGGAGAAGAAGUUGUCGCCCAUCACGUACCCACAGGGCCUCGCGCUGGCCAAGGAGAUUGAUUCUGUGAAAUACCUCGAGUGCUCGGCCCUGACGCAGCGCGGCCUGAAAACGGUGUUUGACGAGGCGAUCCGAGCAGUUCUCUGCCCCCAGCCCACCCGACCAAAAAAACGGGGCUGCAGUCUCCUCUAGGGUUAGGGACCCUGAUUCUGCCAGGGGUAGCCCUCUGCCCUGAAGAAAGACCCCUUGGAGGACUCCCCUUCCUGCCACACCAGUUUCCUUCUGUACUUCCUAAUUUUACCCCAAAGAGAGGCUGCUGCUGCUGGCUUCUCCCAUUGGGACUCCAAAACUUGCCUUUGAGCAGGAAACCCAGUAGUUUGUGUGUGGGGGUGGGGGUGCUUAAUCCCCUCCCCUUAAAAAUUGACUCACCAUGCAAAGAAUAUUGCAAAAAGUCCCUCUCCCUACAUUUGUCCUGCUUGGCCACUUCCCACUGCCCAUCACCAGCAGCCUGGCUUAUCUGCCCCUUCACAUGCCUUCCCCUGCUCUUCCCACUGUGCACAAGGCAGCAGGGAGGCUGGAGAGUGGCCAGGGGGAGGAGCUGCAGCCGAUCUGGGCCAGGUGAAGGAGAGAAAAGGCUCUCCUCUCUCCUCACUCCACAGCUCAGCUAGUGGGGUGGAGAUGCCAGGGUGGAAAGUACGAGCUGGCUUUACAACUGCCUCCCUUUGUUCUGGGCACAGAUUCCAGUCCCACCUCUUGGCUCACUCCCAACACUUGGCUCUGCCGAUGCAACAGGAAUUGAAGAUUUCAGCACUUGGACCUUGGUACUACUUGGUGGUCACAGCGCUUGUUUGUUUCUGCUGCCUAGAAGGACCAGCGUGGGUCUGUAGAACUAGUGCAUCCAUUUGCACAAUUUCCCUCAUUGUGUUCAUUUUUUUUAUUGUAUCCCUUUGGUAUAUAUGGUCAUGCCAAUUUUCUUUCACAAUUUGAUCUGAGGAAGAGGGUCUGGCCCUCGAAAGCUCCUCACCUAAUAAACCAUCUUGUUAGUCUUUAAAGUGCUACGUAGUCCUGGUUUUUGUUCCUUGUUCCUCCUGUCAAUUUCUGGGUAGGCAAUGAGUCAAUAAACCUGACUG